CGCAAAUCAGAAGCAAGCAAGAGCAAGCAGCAGCUAGCUGGAUAAAGCAGUAUCAGGACUACAUCAUCUCAAACAACAUUUAAAAGCAAUGAAGCCCAGAAGACUGCACCUAUCCAUAUCUCGUCUGCCCACAAUAACUGAGGCACAUGAGGAUGUUUCUCAGGCAGGAGGCUCCUCGCAGUCUCUGGAGGACUAUGUCGACUCUAUCAAAGAGCUGGCCCAGCCUACGUGUGGCCCUGUCAGGGUGGCACGGACCCCGAGGCCUCGUCUCUUUUCCAAACCCCUGGACAAACACUCGGGCAGCAGCUCCUCUUCACACUGUUCGUACAGGACCCAGCGCUCACGUACCACCGUGCUACGAAUGGAUGAACUCUCACACAGCGUCAGCAGCCACAGAGACCCACUGGACUGGCUUUUUGCACAAACACAGUUCCCUAUAAUUCAAGAUGAACUGAGCAUAACUGCCAGUGCUCCAGCUGCUCUGAGGUUACUGUAAUAAAUCUUCACCAAGGGAUGAUACAUUAAAGGACAUUUAGACCUGGACUUAAUAAUAAUCUAAUUUAUUUGUGUAUUUAAGUUCCCACUUGGACCAAUUUUUACUUUAUUUUUCUAAUAAAAUCAGACCAUUUAAAAAACUUUAGUUAUUUAUUGAGUCCUGGAUGUAAUUCUGUAAAAUUAAGCUUUAGUAAGUUCAGACAAACAUUGUUUCAUGUAAACUGAACAAAACAGAUCUAACCCCUGUUGUGUAAAAUGCUGGCAACUUGUUU